AUGAGAAUAGUUGAAUCUAGUAAUGCAAAGUUCCUUGAAAAUGAUGAAAUCAGUGGGAGUGACAUAUCGCGAAAUGUGGUCAUUAAAGAAAUUCAGACUUGUACGAGACUAGAUAUUAGUUUUGCAGUUGGGAUGCUCGGGAGGUACCAAAGUAAUCUCGGAAUGGAGCAUUGGAAAGCUACAAAGAAAGUCUUGAGGUACUUAAAAGGAGUCAAACACUGUAUGCUCACAUAUAGGAGAAUAGAUCAGUUGGAGGUGUUUGGCUACUCUGACUCAGAUUUUGCUGGAUGCGUUGAUAGUCGUAAGUCAACGUAUGGCUAUUUGUUCCUGUUAGCUGGAGGAGCAAUAUCAUGGAAGAGCGCCAAACAGACUAUUAUAGCAGCAUCUACUAUGGAAGCUGAAUUUGUGGCGUGCUUUGAGACCACGAUUUAG